AUGGUAGUCGUCACGCCGUUGGGAGUUGCUCUUUCUCUCCUCUUUAGUGUCGUUACCAGUCGUGCGGCUUCGUCCCCUGGCAAUGGACACGGCGUUACUCGAGCAGUCCUGGAAGACGAAGCUUACGGAAAUUCUCUCUACAAACGCUCUUUUGGAGGGUUCGAUGAGCGCGACCUUGAGGAUUUAGCGGAGCGUGACGAUGAAGUUCCAUAUGCACGACAGAAACCGAGCUCUCGCAUUGUUGAUUCUCCGCCUCCUAUUCGGAAGAGGCCGAAAUCCCAGAGGAAGCCCAGGCGCCCUCGUGGUAUACGCCUAGCAGAGCCUGAGCCUAAGGAUUUGCCUCCGCCUCUACCUAAUCUGGGUGGUUCCAAGAAGAAGUCCAAGCGUCCGCGUGCUAAACCUUCGUUGCCCAAAAAAAAGCCUGGGUCGUCAACUCCAUGGCGUAACUUCAAGCCUGGGUCUCUGCCUGGGCUGCCUGGGGGGGCGACUCCAUGGCGUAACUUCAAGCCUGGGAUGUCUCUAUCCCAUGUGGGUAAGCCCAAGCGCAAGAAUAAAUAA